AUUUUUAUAACCUCUGGCGCCUACAAUUUUUUAACGAAGAAUUGAAAAAACAUUGAUAAAUAAUACUCGAGAUUGGUUAAAUUUGUUAUUUACGCACAGUUUUGGGACCUAAUAUUUGAUCCUUGGCGAUGGCAGCGGCGCCGGCGCUGGGCGCGGUGCGCGGCGCGGGCCGCAUGGCGGCGUGGCGCGCGCACGCGUACGGCGCGCUGGACGAGCUGCGGCUGGAGGCGGCGCGCGUGCCCGCCCUGCGCGCGCCCGACGACGUGCUCGUGCGCGUCGCCGCCUCCUCCAUCAACCCGCUCGACGUCGCCAUGCUGGGCGGCUACGGGUCGCGCGUGCUGAACGCGCUGCGCAGCGUGGAGGGCGCGGAGGGCGCGGAGGGCGUGGAGUUCCCGCUGGUGUGCGGGCGCGACUUCGCGGGCACGGCCGUGCGCUGCGGCCCGGCGGCGCGCCUGCGGCCCGGCGCGCGCGUGUGGGGCGUGCUGCCGCCGCACCGGCCCGGCGCGCACGCCGACUACGUGCUGGUGCGCGACCGCUGGGCGGGACUGGCGCCGUCGACGCUAGACGACUUGCAAGCGGGCGGCGCGCUGUACGCGGCGCUGAGCGCGAGCGCGGCCCUGCGCGCGGGCGGGCUGCGGGCGGGGGCGCGGGCCGCACGCGUGCUGCUGCUGGGGCUGGGCGGCGUGGGCCACGCGGCGCUGCAGCUGCUGGUGGCGGCCGGCGCGCGGGUGAGCGUGUGCCGGGCCGGCGCCGGCUCGGCUGGACGACUGCAGGCGGGGGCGCGGGCCGCUGCUGGGGCUGGGCGGCGUGGGCCACGCGGCGCUGCAGCUGCUGGUGGCGGCCGGCGCGCGGGGUGGCGCUUACACAUACUACAUUUAUUUUUUUCAAUAUGUAAUGAUGUCCCCCAGGUGAUAGUGGGGUGCGCGGGCGAGCAGUGUGACCGCGCACUGGCGCUGGGCGCGGCGGCGGCGCUGGACCGCCACGCGCCCGACUACGCGCGUCUACUCGAGGACUCCGGCCCGUAUGAGGUGAUCCUGGACUGCGCGGGGCUGGGCGGCGCGGAGGCGGGCGCGCGGCGCUGGCGGUUCGGGCGCUACGUCACGCUCACCACGCCGCUGCUGCGUGACACCGACGCGCGCGGCCUGCUGGCCGGCACCGCUGUGGCGACGGCGACGCUGCUGGCGCAGGGCGCGGCGGCGGCGCGCGCGGGCGGCGCGGGCGCGUGCCCGCCGCACGUGCGCUGGGCCUACUUCGCGCCCAACGCAGACGACAUCGAGCACCUGAGGAAGCUCGCCGAGCAGGGCAAGUUCUGCGUGCAGGUGGAGGAGACGUUCGAGUGGUGGCGCGCGCGGGAAGCGUUCGAGCGCGCGGCGCGCGGCUCGGCGCGCGGCAAGCUGCUGCUCGACUUCCGCGCGCAGCCGCGCCACUAGCGUCGAACCACUAG